AUGGCCGACAUUGUCGAGAAGACUCAGGCUACCGAGGAGGUGGUCUCCGAGGAGUAUCAUGGUGAAUUGGUCAACGCCUCUGGUCACAAACAGGAGGUCGAGCGCAACUUCAGUCUGCUCAGUAUUUGUGCUGUUGCUGUUACGACCGGCAACACUUGGAUUGCACAGGGUGGUAGUGUCGUGACUGCAUUGAGCAACGGUGGUCUCGCAGGUUGUAUUUAUGAAUUCAUCGCUGUGUCUAUCUGCUAUUGGCUUGUCGCCGCCUCUAUCGCCGAACUGGCAUCUGGUAUGCCCUCCUCCAGUGGUGUGUACCACUGGGCUUCCAUCACUGCCGGCAAGUAUGGUCGUGUUUGCGGUUUCUUCGCCGGCUGGUGGAACUGCCUUGCAUGGAUUCUAGGUGCCGCCUCCAUGUCUUUAAUCAUGGCUCAGCAGCUCGUCUCCAUGUAUGCCUUGAUGCACCCCGAUUUCACGGCGCAGACCUGGAACACCUUCAUCACCUUCCUUCUCUGCACCUGGACUUGCUGCGCCAUCGUGCUCUUCAUGAAUCGCUGGCUGCCUUGGAUUGGUAACCUCGGCAUGUUCUUAAUUCUGGCCGGUGUCUUCAUCACCAUCAUCGUCUGCGCAGUGAUGCCUCAUGUCACUGGCGCCGGGUAUGCCUCUAACCACCUCGUCUGGGAGGAAUGGACCAACCUUACUGGCUACAAGCAGCAGGGCUUCGUCUUCGUCAUGGGUAUGUUGAACGGUGCCUACUCUGUUGGUACCCCUGACUGCUCUUCUCACUUGGCGGAAGAGAUCCCUAUGCCUAGCCGGAACAUUCCCAAGGCUGUGCUGGCCCAGAUGGGUGUUGGUUUCUUGACUGGUAUCUUCUACAUGAUUGCUAUCUUCUACUCCAUCCAUGACAAGGAGGCGAUCAGCAACAGCUCCUACAACUUCCCUCUUGCCGAGAUCUAUUAUCAGGCCACUGGAACCCGUGGUGGUGCCCUGGGUCUCCUGAUCGUCGCUUUCCUGCCCACUAUGGUCACUGCCGCUGGCUGCUAUAUUACUGCCGGUCGUACUCUGUGGACCAUUUCGCGCGACCGUGCCACUCCCUUCCCUAGCUGGCUCGGCCACAUCAACACUAGAUACCAGAACCCCUUCAACGCUACCCUAGUGUGCGGUGGUAUUGUCACUAUCCUGGCCUGCAUCUAUCUCGGCUCAACCACCGCCUUCAGCGCUUUUUCUGUCUUAUUUCAUGGCUAUCUUCCCCACGUUCUCACCCGUCGCUCUUCCUUCGUUCCUGGCUUCUUCUACAUGAACAACAAGAUCGGCUACGUCAUCAACAUUUUGGCCUGCACCUAUAUCCUCGCCUUCGUCGUCAUCUUCUGCUUCCCUUACGCCCUGCCCACUGAUGCUCAGUCCAUGAACUACGCCAGCCUGUUGACCGGUGGUCUCACCGUCUUCGUUACCAUUUGGUGGUUCGUGCGCCAGGGCUCGUAUGAGGGGCCUAAGAACAUUCCUCUGACCGACAAGGCUCUGAUGGAUGACGCGCGAUAA